CUGCCAUUGUAAACACAGCAAGUUAUGGCUAAAAAAGUGCACAUAGAAAUCGUCGGGUUGGUUAAAGAACCUAGUUUUCAUGUUGCCAAGAGCAUUGCUGAGGAACUGAAACAGGGUUCUCCUAGCAAUUUUUUGGAUCCAACAAUUCAGCCAUUACUUGAAUGUGACUGGCACACAUAUCUGUGGAACAAGAAAAGGGAACUGCGUGGUGAAGUGUGGGAGUUCUCCAGUAACCUGAUGUGCUUUCUGAAUGGCCAUCUCCUUGGUAAUGAGAGGGAUCUGGCCAGCUGGGCUAAGAGAAAUCAGUGGGAGUUCACCUUCUACCGGCCGCAGGCAUUUUAUCUGGCCCUCGCUGAAGACUGCUACUCCAAACACCUCCGCAAUACAGGGCAUCAGUUUGUCUUCAUGGAAAUUGAGAUUCAAGGAAAACCAGUGGGACGGUUAUUGUUUGAGCUGUUCUCAGAUAUUUGUCCAAAGACGUGUAAGAACUUCCAGGCCCUGUGCACAGGAGAGCAAGGUUUGUCCCAGAGCGGCCUCACACUCAGCUACAAGGGCUCUAUUUUUCACCGUGUGGUGCCCAAUGGCUGGCUGCAAGGCGGAGAUAUUUCUCUGGCAAAAAAAGGUGACGGAGGCGAGUCGAUUUAUGGAGCAACUUUUGGAGAUGAGAGCUUUGCAGUUUUCCACACUAAGCGGGGCAUUUUGGGAAUGGCUAACCAAGGUCCCCAUAGCAACGGAUCCCAGUUCUACAUCACCCUGCAGCCGGCUCCCUGGAUGGACAGGAAAUAUGUCGCCUUUGGCCAAGUGGUUGAAGGUACAGAUGUCCUGAGGAGACUUGAAGAGGUCCCAACCUACAAUGAAAGACCCCAGUCCAAAUGUGAAGUUGCAGAUGCUGGAAUAUUUUAGCCCUAACACCUAAAGAGUAGUCAGUUUAUAUAACUUUUUGUACCAUUUGUUGUAAAAGUAACAUGUCAUGUGAAAGAUGCUAAUAACAAGAAUAAAAAUAUGCACAA